AUGGGCGGCAAGAUUGAGUGCUUCUUGGAUCUCGCAUCCUAUUUCAGCUAUAUCGCGUUCAUAGACUUGGCGCAGAAUCGAGAUAAGCUGGCGGCCAAUGGAGUCGAAAUAGAGAUACAUCCUGUGCUGCUGGGUGGCAUCAACCACCUCUCAGGGAACCGUCCUCCGUGGACAAACGAGAUCAAGGCAGCCUACCUAAAAUAUGACUCUCGCCGUGCCGCUGAGCGCGUCGGCCUUUUCGGUAUCCAGGGUCCUCCGGACCUCAUGGCUGUCUCCCAUACCGUCUCGCCACUGCGUGCACUUCACUACAUCAAGGCCAACUACCCAAAGGAAACAUUCCUUGCCACCUUUGAGUCCUUAUUUAAGGCCUUCUGGACGCCUCCCCACGUCAAUCUCAUCCCGGAGGAGAACCUGCGCGCUGUGCUCCAGGGGGCGACAGAGAAUCCUGGCAAGGGCAAUGGCAAGAAGCUCUUCACUGAGGAGGAGGUGGAAAAGAUUUUGAAGGCCCGUGGUGGGAUGAAAGACGUUCUCAUGGCUACUACCCAGAGGGCUGUUGAUCAGGGGGCCUUUGGCGCGCCUUGGAUUUGGGUGACGAAUGCAAAGGGCGAGCAGGAGCCCUUUUUUGGUAGCGACCGAUUUCAUCAUAUUUACAAGUUUUUGGACAUUCCAUUUCAAGAUAUUGCGGUGUUGACGCCGUCAAAGUUGUAG